AGCCACGAGCGAGUGUUAAAUCCAUCCUACUUUUCUUUUUAUUUAACCAGGUGUCAUUUAGAUGCCGUUUACUCGUACACAACAAAAAGAGCAUGAGUAACACCCUGUGAAUACAACAGGUGUGAGUCACAAAGCUUCAAUAAAAAAGUUACCAAAAAAAACCCCAAAAAGCUGGAAGCAAAUUUUGUGAAGAGAAUAUUUUAUAGAUCCUUUAAAACUGACUAUAAUUUACCAAAUUUCACAGUUUCAGUCAACUCCAUCCGGCUCCAUUCUCGUGAUGUUACUUUGACUUUUUACUCCUAAUUUAGUUUUUGCAAGCCCAAAUUUAACAAAUAAAUAAAUAAAUAAAAUACACAAAAAUCUUUUAGGUAGACAGUGCAUUUGUAACUGGGGCAAAAAAAUCUGUCUGCACACCAGCAGCAUUAGUAUGAUAUCAGUAAAACCAUUUUUAAGCAAAAAUGGCAGAAAUUUUCUGUUUCCAGCUUAACAAAUGUGUUUUCUGCUCUUCUUUGUCUUACAUGAUGAACAGAAUGUCUUUGCUUUGUGGACUGUAGGCCAGUCAAAACCAGUAACAUCAAUGUCUCAGCUUCGGCUCUGGGAAACUGUAAUUUUUCACUCUUCUCUGAUGGCGAAACGAUUCAGGAAUAUAAGUGGCAGCUGCAGCUGUAUUUUAAGGCUGAGAUGGUUUAUCGCUGUAGAGAUGCCGUGGAAGAGGCGACAGCGGUUUGGCACAGCUUAUUGUGGUGUCACAGAUGAAUUUAAAUCCGAUAAAUUCACGUUUCUGUUCGGGUUUUGCGGGUGGUAAAGUUGAUUCUCUUCUUUUCUGUGACCUGUUAAGUGGAAAGUGGAGCUUAUUCAGGUUAAUUCUCCGCUACAUCCUUGACAAGAACGUGAUACCACAGUCAGUUUCUAUGCCUGCUUCUGUGUCCUCUCUUGCAUUGUGCAACAGCCUGUUCUGAUCGUGAAGUCUUUAGCGGUUCUGUACAUCACAGAGACAUGCUUCUUUUCAUGAGAACCACCUGAGGCGAGAACUUCUCGGUCAUCCUUAAAGUGUCAAGAUGCACCUCGUCUUCAUUUAUUUUAAUCUUUGAUGCAAACAGGGCGAGAGAAAGACGUAGUAAUAAGCGUAGAUGUUUAGCGUGUCAGGAGAAGCUCUUCGAAUUCAUCUCUUUGUGGAGCAAACACAAAGGUGGAGAGGUUCUUUGAUUCCCUUUGCCUCAUCUUAACACACCUCUCAUCAUUCUUCAUGGGACUUUUCAAAGAAACUUUCCACCUGUUACCUUGGUAGAGGAAGAAAAAAAAAAAGUAGGAAGCGCACACUUGUGUGCACACACACACACACACACACAAGCAGGCGUGCACACAGUGGCUCACGCUGGGAGGUGAUAAACUCUUAUACCAGUGAUGGGCCACUCUCAGAGACACCUAGAGACAACAGCAGCCACACACACACAAAACCCUGUAAGCAUCUGCACACAUCUUCAAGAAUGGUUGAGCCCAGCCCUCCGGCGCUGCACCUCCUCUCUGGCGGGGAUGUCAGCAUGGUUGGUGUCAAAGUAGAGCAGGAGGACUCAUGCAGAGGAGGUGCAGUCAUCACCAGCACUGAACCUUUUAAGACGUCUCCCUCACGCGACUGGUCAGGAAACCAUCCACUGGAAGCCCGCCAGUUGACCCCACCGCUCUCCUGCUCCCCUUUGGAUGGCUCUCCGGGUAAGGAGCUGCCUCACAGGCAAAGCCCCAUGGGACUGAAGGAGGCCAGGACACACGAUAGACUGGAGGGACAAUCCAAGUUCAAGGAAGUAAUGCCUGCCGUUGAGAAGCUGCUGAAUGCUGACUGGAAGGAGAAACCUCUGGACAAAAGCUCAAUGGGGGCAGGACAACUGAAAGGUACCCCAGAGUCUCUGGCAGAGAAGGAGCUCGAGUUGCUGAUGAUGAUCAACCAGCUAAAAGGACUGAAGGACCAGCUGCUGGGAGCCCACUCUGAGCAGAAGAACAUGGCCUCUUUGUUGCUGGAGAAACAGCAGCAGCAGAUGGAGCUGGCUCGACAACAGCAGGAACAGAUCGCCAAGCAGCAGCAGCAGCUGAUCCAGCAGCAGCACAAGAUCAACGUGCUUCAGCAGCAGAUCCAGCAGGUGAAUAUGCCCUACGUGAUGAUCCCGGCUUUCCACCCCAACACCCAGCACCUCCCGGUCACCUCUGAACCCCAGAUGACUUUGCCACUGCAACCAAUCCCCUGCAAGCCAGCUGUGGACUUCCAGCUGCUGCAGAAUUCUCACCCCACCCCUCUCAAGAGGAGCAGUGGUUCCUUCCGACAGGAAGUCAGUCAGCCCUUGAACCUGACCUCCAAGCCGAAGGGGCUGGAGCUGGGGAAAACACCCAGCCCGCAGAGCCUGGAGCUGGGAUCGCUGGUGCUGCAGGGGGCCUACAGGCCCAGAGAGCUCCAUAGAGAAAUGGCCCACAGCCCACCACGAUCGGCCCUCAGUUUCCUUGGAGACGGCGAUGUGGUCACCCAGGCCAUCCAUGACGCCCAGCUGCUCCUGAGGAGCCACAGCACCGCAGGGCGAGAGAGGGAGAGGGAUGGUUGUGGAAAGAUGGAGAAUAAAGAGUCUCCUCGCAGCGAGAGAAUUUCUCACUCUGAGCGGGGUGAAGACAGACACGGCCUGCCGUCCGCUGAGGACCACCUCAGCAGUGACUCUGAGGGUAGGCAUCCCAGGAGGAGCCUGUUUAAUAGUGACGGCCUGUCUUCACUGAUGAAAGCAUGUGCCCUGCCCGUCUCAGUCCCCGGCAGCUACGCCGAGGCCCGGCCCCCUCCCUCCUCAGGCCAUAUCAAGAGACCCAUGAAUGCCUUCAUGGUGUGGGCCAAGGACGAGCGCAGGAGGAUCCUGCAGGCCUUCCCCGAUAUGCACAACUCCUCCAUCAGCAAGAUCCUGGGCUCCAGGUGGAAAGGCAUGUCCAACCAGGAGAAGCAGCCUUACUAUGAAGAGCAGGCGAGGCUGAGCAGGCAGCAUCUGGAGCGUUACCCCGACUACAAGUACAAACCCCGACCCAAACGGACCUGCAUCGUGGAGGGACGGAGGCUGAGGGUUGGCGAGUACAAGGCCAUGAUGAAGAGCCGUCGGCAGGAGCAGAGAGCGUCCUACACGCACAGUCAAACGGAAUCACAGCAGAUGCACUACUCCAGUGCUGAUGGCCAGUACCCAGGAGGCACCGGCUCGGUCUCGGUGGCCAUGCCCUUUCACCCUGCCUUACUGGAGCACUACCUUCCACAGGUGCCGCCCACAUCACGCCGAGCGGAAGACCAGGCCCCACCCACUUCCCUGCCCAGGGAGAAAGAGAGAGAGAGGGAACGAGAGAGGGAGCGGCCUCCUUACAGCGAAGGAGAGGAAAGCGACGGGGGAGAGAGGAGUGAGGGGGAGCUGGUGCUCCUGACGGACUGAAGGGUGGGGGGGUGGUAGGGAAGAAAAAGUGAAAAUGGAGGAGAGGAGAGGGUAGCUGAGGAGUAAACAUGUGCUUUGCUGAUUGACAGUCAGAGAAGGAUGGAGGAUGGACAGGGGAGGAGGGAUUGAGUUGUCCCUGAAUGAGGAAAUUUCCCAUGUGUUAAAGCGACAGUGAAGUCCCAUGUAAAUUCAUUUCCAGUGAAACCCUUCACGCCACAUACACUCACAUAGAGGCGAGGUCUUAUCUUACUCAUUUCCUUUUAUAGAUAUUUCAUCAGCUGCUUUGUUCUAGAAUACAGAAGUUUCACUGAAGCUAUAAUGUUGACAUUUUAUCGUUUAAUCCCAUACGCUUCUUGUUUCCUCCCAUGUUGACUUUUGGCAAACAAAAUCCCCCACAUUGAUUAGACUGACUGGGGGAAAGUUUUAACCAGAAAUGUUCAAUAGAAUCCCUGUCUUCACCUGUUAGAUUGCUGAAGGACUUCAGAGAAACUGGGAAACUUCUUUCUGGUAGGAGCAACAGGCCUGUGAAACUGCUUGUUAUCAGUGUGUCAGUACUGCCCCCUGCUGGUGAAGCCUGGUUAUUACUGAAUGAAGACAGAGCUACCAUCCAGCUCAUAGCUCAGGUUGUCUGGACAGCAUGCCACCUGAACACUUUGCCACCCUUUGAUUUUCAAGGAAAAAUUGAGGUGAGGGGGGGGGCAAUUUGGUAUCGGGCUUCCAUAAAGGUUGUAGAGUCAGACGAAAAAGAAAUCAUAGUCAGGAAAUGAUAGUCAAAUCCAAAAAGGAGAGUCUGAAAUACUCUGACUUUAAAUCCGUAGACUGGCUCAAGCUCCUAAAACACUGGAUCUUACACCUCCCAUAACGCAACCUGAUAAUGUCUUUCAUUAGACCCUCCCUGUCUUUAAGUGACAUCUCGAACAUGUCUCAUCACACCUA